UCAAAUACUUUUAUUGAUCCUUCAAAGUGAUCCAAUUAAAACAGCUGUUUCUUCCCAAGAGUCCAUUGGCUGACAGGAGCGCUCGGCUCUCCGCGGCCCCGCCUCCAUCUGUCAGGCACUGCGCUGUAAGGCACCGUGAGACUGUUGAUGCACUGAAGUGGAAUACUGCAAUCUAACUUUGGCUGGACUUUUUCCUUAAAAAUAAAGUCGGAUUUCGUCCAAGAUAAGUAAAGACAACGACGUCUUCAAUAUUUCCCUCCACUUUUCCAAAGCUCUCUUUUACAGUAUGAAGUGCAGUUAUGGCAAGGAGUAGCAAGUCAGCAGCGAGGACCCUGGAGGAUUUGACGCUAGAUUCGGGUUAUGGUGGAGCCGCCGACUCCUUCAGAUCUUCUAGUGCGUCGUUGUGCUGCUCAGAGGCACAUGGAGGGAAUUACUGGCAUUUAACCGACUCGAUGCACAGUCGACACAACAGUCUGGACACUGUUAACACGGUCCUGGUCGAAGACGCCGAGAUCCUGGAGUGCACCGGGCAGUGCGCUAAACUACCCGAGCUUGAGGAUGUGCCUUGGAGCCUCGGGGAAGUGGCGAGCGUAUUGAGCAAGGACGAGGAGAUGAGCCUGCCAACCCCCCCGCAGGACGUCCUGCUCAGGCUCUCGGGGUUGGUCAGCCGGGUCUUGGUUAGGGUCGCAAAGGAAGCGCAGCGCCUGAGUUUGCGCUACGCGAAAUGCACUAAGUACGAGAUCCAAAGUGCCAUAAAGAUCAUCUUGUCAUGGACCGUCUCGGUGAACUGCAUCGGCUCGGCCCUCAGUGCCUUGUCCAUGUACAACAUGAGCACGGAGGAGGACAAGUUCAGCCGUGGCAAGUCGGCGCGCUGCGGUCUCAUCUUCAACGUGGGGAAGUUCUUCAGGUGGAUGGUCGACAGCAGGGUUGCGGUCAGGAUCCACGAGCACGCGGCGAUCUACUUGGCUGCCUGCAUGGAGAGCCUCUUCCAUGAGGUGUACGCGCGUGUGCUGCGCAGUGCGCUACUGGAACGAGAUAAUGGGAUUCCCAAGUUUACUGUGGAGACCUUAGAACAGGCCAUCAACAGUGAUGCAGAGAUGUGGGGGUCUCUGCAGCCCUGGCAACACCUGAUCUGCGGAAAGAAUGCAAGCGGUGUGCUCAGCCUGCCUGAGGGCCUGACUCUUCACAGGGACCAACAGCAGCAGCGAGCAGGGAAGAGUGGAGAGGGAAACACCUACAGUCAGUCCGAGCUGCGCUCCGUCGAACAAUGCUUACUGGCCACGAGGGUCGGGAGCAUCUCUGAGCUCAGCGAUCUAGUGUCUCGAGCCAUGCACCACCUUCAGCCGCUGUAUAUGAAGAAUACCAGUAAUGGAACGCCGAUCCACCAGAAGAGCAGUCUGAUUCACUGGGCACCUGAAGCAAUCUACACGCUGUGUUACUUCAUGCACUGCCCUCAUAUGGAGUGGGAGAACCCCAAUGUUGAGCCCUCCAAGGUUACCUUGCAAACAGAGAGGCCUUUCUUGGUGCUGCCUCCUCUGAUGGAGUGGGUGCGUGUGGCCGUGGUCCACACUGAACACAGACGCAGUUUCUCUGUGGACAGUGAUGAUGUUCGGCAGGCAGCCAGGCUGUUGCUGCCUGGAGUGGACUGUGAGCCUCGCCAGCUUCGAACGGAUGACUGCUUCUGUGCCUCAAGGAAACUGGAUGCUGCCUCUACUGAGGCAAAGUUUCUGCAGGACUUGGGCUUCCGUAUGCUUAGCUGUGGACGCACAGACCUUGUAAAGCAGGCCGUGAACUUGCUUGGGCCGGAUGGAAUCAACAGCACGAGUGAGCAGGGAAUGACCCCGCUGAUGUACGCUUGUGUCCGUGGAGACGAGGCCAUGGUACAGAUGCUGCUGGAUGCAGGAGCAGAUAUUAACAGUGAGGUGCCAAACACAGUGCACAAGCACCCCUCAGUCUUUCCCGAAUCGCGGCAGGCGACGCCCCUCACUUUCGCUGUGUUACACGGACAUGUGCCUGUGGUGCAGCUGCUUCUGGAUGCCAAAGCAAAUGUGGAAGGUUCCCUGCAGGAUGGGAUGGAGAAUUACACAGAGACCCCACUGCAGCUGGCUGCUGCUGCAGGUAACUUUGAGCUUGUGAAUUUACUGCUGGAACGGGGCGCCGACCCCAUGGUGGGAACAAUGUACCGUAACGGCAUUUCUACUGCGCCGCAGGGAGACAUGAACUCCUACAGCCUGGCAGCAGCUCACGGGCACAGAAAUGUGUUCCGUAAGCUUUUGUCCCAUACAGAGAAAGGUAAAGGGGACGUACUGUCCUUGGAAGAGAUUCUGGCAGAAGGUUCAGAGCUGGAGGGAAGAAGUCCUUCUCAGAUGGACUUAAUCCGAACCGGAAAGGCCAAACUUAAGGCCCUCAAAGAAGCCAUGUACCACAGUUCCGAACACGGGCAUGUAGACAUCACCAUAGACAUUCGGAGCCUUGGGGUCCCAUGGACUUUGCACACAUGGCUGGAGUCUCUGCGUACAUGUUUCCAUCAACACCGCCGACCUCUUAUCCAGGGCCUUCUGAAAGAGUUCAGCCUCAUCGAGGAAGAGGAGUACACGGAAGAGCUCAUCACGCAUGGCCUCCCUCUCAUGUUCCAGAUCCUCAGGGCCAGCAAGAAUGAGGUGAUCAGCCAGCAGCUGUCUGCGAUCUUCACCCAGUGUUAUGGUCCUUACCCCAUCCCCAAACUGUCAGAGAUCAAGAGGAAGCAGUCAUCGCGUCUGGAUCCUCACUUCCUGAAUAAUAAAGAAAUGUCUGAUGUGACCUUUUUGGUGGAGGGGAAGCCUUUUUACGCCCACAAAGUCCUGCUCUUCACAGCAUCCAACAGGUUCAAAUCUCUUCUAGCAAACAGACCUUGUGGUGAAAACACAUGCAUUGAAAUCAGCAAUGUCAAAUACCACAUCUUUCAGCUGGUGAUGCAGUAUCUGUACUGUGGCGGCACAGACGCACUGCACAUCAGAAAUACUGAUAUAAUGGAGCUUUUGUCUGCAGCCAAGUUUUUCCAGCUGGAAGCGUUGCAGAGGCACUGUGAGAGCAUCUGCUCCAAGAACAUCAACACAGAAACUUGUGUUGAGAUCUACAACCAUACCAAGUUUCUUGAUGCUACUGACCUAGCAUCUUAUAUAGAGGGCUACUUCCUGAAGAACAUGGUAAUCCUGAUUGAGUUGGAGCCAUUCAAACAGUUGCUGUACGAUGCACCACCUGAAAGCCCAGGCUGUGACAUUCUGCAAGCCCUGGAGAAAACCCUGGCCAUUCGCAUCCAGUCCAUCCACCUGUCCUCCUCCAAGGGAUCCAUUGUCUGAACCUUCCUGAACCCAGGAACAGAGAUUAUUCAUGAGAGGGAGAUCGGAGACACAACACUGUAAUGACACGUAUCUGAGUGAUGGGUCAUUUCCUGUUCAAGAGGAAAAUGGGAAUUAUGGGCUGGCCAUGUUGCAAAUUUUGUCUCCGUGAAACUCAUUAAUUGCUUAUAUGCUUCUUGUUAUCUUAGCACAGAUGGUUACAAGUCUGUCUGUCUGCCUUGUUGAUAUAUGUCUACUAACACAACUGUCAUAUGGUAGCUGUAUUAUGGCUCAAUUUGCCAAUAACAUAUAUUGCUGUAACAAUGUCCCUUGUCCAGCAAAGAAUUUCUCAGUUAAGUAGUACACUUGCAUUAAACUAAAUAGAGUUCAAUGCAACAGAAACAAAGGGGAAGAGAUCUGACUUUGACAACACAAAUGUCAGAGCUCCUAAAAACAUGGUUUAAUAAGCAACCUCAAUUUAAUGUGAUAAGCCAUCAGUGGAUAUGAGCGGAAACCACUAUCAUGUUGUGAUUACUUGCGGAAACAUUUGGGCUUGUACAGACAAGGCAGUUUGUACUUUGUCAGUCAGAUCUUUGCUGAUUACUCUUAAAGCCAAA